AUGCAGCUGACUAAACCAGCACAGCACAACCACUCCGCAUCAUCAAUUCCAUCAUCAUCCAAGCUCCCCCCGUCCAUUACCACCACCACAACACCAACCAAAACACCACACCACAGGAGCCCACCCUCCACAAUGUCAUUCACCUCCGACCCCCCAUCAACAGGGGAUACCUCCCCGGUCCUGAAAGACCCGAACGACCCAUUCUCCCGCUUCUACCCGCUAAAGGUCAAACCGGAGCUCUUCAAACGCCCGGACCCGAUAACGAUGUACCUGGGCUUCGGCGGCCAAAGCGUCUGGAACGCAGUAGCAACCAUGAACGUGAUCCGGACACUCGACCAACACCAACGCAUCGCAAACCGUCCCUUGACACAAGCCGAAGCGGACGCCACAAUCGAGCACUCCACGGCGCGGCUCUACCACAGCCGAAUCGGCCAGCCGGUUGGCGUGCUCGCCGGCGCGAUCGUGACCUACAAGGCGGCGCAGAACACGGAGGCGUGGAAGAAAAAUUUCUCGUCGGAAGCGGGCCUGCGGCGGGUCGAUUUGCUGCUUGAGGGGAUUCAGAAGUGGGCGAGGGCGAAUCCCGAUACGUGGAGGAAAGAAGCUAUUCGGGCAGGGUUGAAGACGGCGCUUUUUGCAUUUGUGGGGCUGAUGCUGGGAGAUGGCAUUGCGGGCGCGAAUGAUAUUAAUCAUAUGAUGAGUGAUUCGAGAUUGAAGGGGCUUUGGGCCGAGGCGAGGAAGAGGAGGGAUGAAUUGAGAGGUCAUGUUACGACGGGGAAGAUGCCGCCGCCAGUGCCGACGACACCGGCGCCGAGGCCGACGGGGCAGGAGGUGCCCAAGAGUGAGGAGCAGAAUCUGCCGCAGCAGCUGGGGGAUGGGUAUGGGAUGCAGUCGGGGUCGGAUGAGGAGGCGGCGAGGUUCGGGUCGAGUACGACGUCGUGGGGAAGUGAGACGAAGAAGGUGGCUACGCCGGCAGAUGAGGCACCGAGUCCGUCGAAGGAUGGGAAUGGUGACUUCUGGGAUGAUGCUAGUCCUGUGGCUGCCGAGUACCGGGGCAAGGACCAGUCGAUGUCUGGUGAAAGUGCCUGGGAGCGCAUCCGGAGGCAAAAUAAUGUCUCGGCUCAGCGGGAGACCCGGAGUACUGUGUCUAGGCCUGCCCCGAGUUCAACUGCCUCUGCUCCGGCUCCGGCCUACGACAAACCGAGUGAGCGUGAGCUGGCGCAGGCGGAGUUUGACAGAAUGUUGGAGGCGGAGCGGAAGAUGUCAACGGACAGUCUGAACACUCCACAGCAGAACCGUUCUGGGUGGUGGGCGAAAUGGGACUGA